AUGAUGCUUGGCGUUGUACGUCGGCUGGUCUCCCAGGCCUUCCGGCAGUGCCUGCGACCACGUCCCCAGGCUAUCCAGCGCCGCUCCGUCUCGCAGGCGGUAAACCAGAUGUUGCAGCUCCAGCAGAUGGAUAUGUGUGCGGAUCCUCCAUCGCGCGGGCUUGUGGUCAGCGUGUUCGCCGACGAAACGGACCGCAAUGAUGCUGGCGUCCUCACCGCGACCGGUUGGCGGUACAAUGUCCAGAAGACUGCAGGCCGAUUGUUAGAGGUCCUCCGCAUGUCCGGACCCAUGCCCAAGCGGGGAGAGGCUCGCCUUUUCUUUGCGAUCGAACCAGAGCGCAUCCCCUAUUACUCUGUGGUGGCUGUGGUCGGCCUCGGCAAGGAGUGCCUCGGCUACAAUCCCUACGAAGUGCUCGACGAACAGAAGGAGGCGAUCCGUCGCUCCGUGGCCGCCGCCUGCCGCAUCCUGGCCGAGCUGGACACCGACAGAAUCGAAGUUGAAAACUGCGGCCACGCCGAGUCCACCGCCGAGGGGGCCGCAUUGGGGAUCUGGCUCUACCAGGAGCUGCGCAACCCAAAGAACAGGAUUCCAGUGCCGUCGCUGGACUUAUACGCAAGAAAAGACGAGGUCUGCGGUCUCGAAGGAUGGCGCAUUGGUCUGCAGAUGGCAGCCACCUAG